UUCUAUCCUUCUGCAUAACCCAAUAAAAAGUAUUUAUAAUUUAGAACAGAUUUCUUAAUCUGAAUUUGAACACCCAAAAUUUGAUAGACCGCAAAAAUGGAGCCCCAAUCUUCUCCUACACCUCAUGUUCUCAUAUUUCCACUUCCAGUACAAGGCCAUGUAACUCCAAUGUUAAACUUAGCUGAACUUCUUUGUCUUUCAAAUCUGAAAGUAACUUUCAUAAAUUCAACCCACAACCAUCAACGCCUGACCCGGUACACGAACAUCGAAUCCCGUUUUUCCGGGUAUCCCGGGUUCGGGUUCAAGACGGUGCCCGACGGACUACCCGAUGACCACCCACGGGCUGGUGAUAAGAGUUGGUUGAGUGAAUUGAUUCAGGGGUUAGCAUCAAGUGCUAAACCUGUAUUGAGUGAGAUUGUAGUUGGGGCCGAGGCAGAGGCAGAGGCAGAAGCAGAAAAAGUUACAUGUUUGAUAACAGAUGGGUGGCUUAGCUUUGCUAAUGAUGUGGCGAAUGAAGCUGAGGUUCCAGUCAUUGCAGUCAGGUGUUUUAGUGCGUGCUGUCUUUGGGCCUUUUUGUGUAUGCCCAACCUUAUUCAUCUAGGAGAAAUACCCUUCAAAGAUAAUGAAGAAAUGGAUGAGCUAGUAAAGAAUGUUCCUGGAAUGGAUAGCUUCCUUCGGUACCGCGACCUUCCAAGCUACUGUCGAACCAAAGACAUACCAACAUGCCGUCAACUUCAACACUUGUUCACUGGCGAGAUGCAACAAAUCCAAAAAGCCCAUUCUUUCAUCCUCAACACAUUUGAUGAUCUCGAAGGCCCAAUUCUCUCUCACAUCCGUCAACAUUGCUCAAGCUCAAGAGUUUACUCUAUAGGCCCAUUACAUGCACACCUUAAAUACAGACUCGGCCCAAAUGAAAUAACAAUAUCCAAGCCCAACAAUUCGUCUAGUAACUUGUGGGAAGUCGAUCGAAGUUGCAUAUCGUGGUUGGACCAAAAGCCCGACAAAUCCGUCGUAUAUGUAAGUUUUGGCAGCAUAACUAUCCUCACAAAGGAGCAGUUAAUGGAAUUCUGGGCCGGGUUGGUACAUAGUAAGAAGUACUUCUUAUGGGUUAUAAGGCCCGAUCUAAUAAUAGGAAGUACUUCCUCCGAGUCUCUUAAGCUAUUGGAGGGGACUAAGGAAAGAGGAUGUAUGGUGGGGUGGGCCCCACAGGAGGAGGUCUUAGCACACCGGGCCGUGGGCGGGUUCUUGACUCAUAGUGGGUGGAACUCGACGUUAGAGAGUAUAGUAGCUGGGGUGCCAAUGCUUUGUUGGCCUUACUUUGCUGAUCAACAAGUGAAUAGUAGAUAUGUGAGUGAAGUGUGGAGAAUUGGCUUAGAUAUGAAGGAUACGUGUGAUAGAACAAUUGUGAUGAACAUGAUUAAUGAUUUGAUGGACAAGAAGAAGGACGAGUUGGAACGAUCAAUGCGUAAAAUUUCGGAUUUAGCAAACAAGAGUGUCAGUCAAGGUGGGUCGUCGUAUUCAAAUCUUGAUCAUCUAAUCGAAGAAAUAAAAGCCAUGUCCAACAAAGGGGAACGUUAGAUAUAAUCGUUUAAUCUUGGUCUUCCUGCUAUUUUAUUUAUUUAAUUUAUAAAUUUCGAAUUGUUAUGAUAAUCAAAACAUUACAUCAUUAUCCCCUACCACGUAAUGGUGGUAAGAUCA